CUUCUCCUGCACAAACACAUCCAACAGCUCCGACACUCCAACUCAGCGACAUCUACGGCUAUCCAUCACCACCGCAACAGAACCAACAGACACACACCGCCGCAGCCAUGCAGAUCUUCGUCAAGACUCUGACUGGCAAGACCAUCACCCUCGAGGUUGAGUCCUCCGACACCAUCGACAACGUGAAGUCGAAGAUUCAGGACAAGGAGGGCAUUCCUCCGGACCAGCAGCGCUUGAUCUUCGCCGGAAAGCAGCUCGAGGACGGUCGCACGCUCUCUGAUUACAACAUCCAGAAGGAGUCUACUCUCCACCUCGUCCUCCGCCUGCGUGGUGGUAUGCAGAUAUUCGUCAAGACUCUCACUGGCAAGACCAUCACCCUUGAGGUGGAGUCCUCUGACACCAUCGACAAUGUCAAGUCGAAGAUUCAGGACAAGGAGGGCAUUCCUCCGGACCAGCAGCGCUUGAUCUUCGCAGGCAAGCAGCUCGAGGACGGCCGCACUCUCUCUGACUACAACAUCCAAAAGGAGUCUACUCUCCACCUCGUCCUCCGCCUGCGUGGUGGUAUGCAAAUAUUUGUCAAGACACUCACAGGAAAGACGAUCACGCUAGAAGUAGAAUCAUCAGACACGAUCGACAACGUGAAGAGCAAAAUCCAGGACAAGGAGGGCAUCCCACCGGACCAGCAGCGUCUGAUUUUCGCUGGCAAGCAGUUGGAGGACGGCCGCACUCUCUCUGACUACAACAUCCAAAAGGAAUCGACGCUCCACCUUGUGCUUCGCCUGCGUGGUGGUAUGCAAAUAUUUGUCAAGACACUCACAGGAAAGACGAUCACGCUAGAAGUAGAAUCAUCAGACACGAUCGACAAUGUGAAGAGCAAAAUCCAGGACAAGGAGGGCAUCCCACCGGACCAGCAGCGUCUGAUUUUCGCUGGCAAGCAGUUGGAGGAUGGCCGUACCUUGUCCGACUACAACAUUCAGAAGGAGAGCACUCUGCACUUGGUGUUGCGUCUGCGUGGUGGACAAUAGAGGAUUGAGAACGAUCUGCUGUAUCGAGGGUUAUCGACAAUAGCGUGGGCAUGAAACUUUUGAGCGAGUAGAGGGUGCCGGCGAGCACAACCUCCCCAUGAAUUCAAUCCAAAUAUUUACUGUUUCACAUCUUG